AUGAUGAUCUUUAAAAGAAAACGCAACCGGCCGGAGUUGGUUGAUCAUGCUCCUGCAGGGACUAUUGGACGCUGCUCUCCAAAUGGAUGGAUCGAUGCGGACCUGUUUCUGGAUUACUUGAAGCACUUUGUAACAUUUACAAAGUGUUCGAAAGAUUCCCCAGUGUUAUUGAUCCUUGAUGGUCAUAAAACACACACAAAGAUUCUCUCCACCAUAGAGUAUGCUCGUGAUAAUGGUGUUGUCAUCCUGUCACUCCCUCCACACACCUCCCACAAGCUCCAACCACUGGAUCGAAGUUUCUUCAAACCGCUCAAGAGUGCUUUCAAUGCAGCAUGCUCAACCUGGAUGCGAAACCACCCUGGCCGCAGAAUCACUGUCGACAAGCUUGGGGAGCUGUUCAAUGCUGCCUAUUUAAAAGCUGCUACCAUUGAGAAUGCUGUGUCAGGAUUCCGAUGCACUGGCAUUGUCCCAUUGAACAAAGAAAUUUUGCCUUCAUCUGAUUUCCUAGAGGACCCCCGUGUUGUUGGUACACCAUCGGAUGAGACCUUGUCUUCCCUUGCUAACACAGCUAAUCAGAGCCCAAGCCAUGAAGAAGCAUCAUCUUCAGAAGCACAAACCAGAGAGUCCUUUCCAGCGACUGAAGAGACUACACUAAUGCCACCUGUAUCCUCAGAACCCAGAAAUUCUUCACCCACACAAGAUGAACCACCUGCAGUCGACCACGUCAGCUUUUCAAUGAUAAUGAAACUGCCUACCCUCACCGAGAAGAAGAAGUCAAAGAGAUCUGAGGAGUCUAGGAUAGUUACUAGUUCUCCAUAUAAACAGUCUCUUGUCGAGAACAUAGCUGAACAAAACAAAAAAAGCAAACGAAAACUUUCUGCCAAAGAAAAGAAGUCGAAGAAAGCUGAGGAUCAACUGCCAAAAGCCAAGAAAGCUAAGACUGAUAACAAGAAAUCGGCAAAAGCUAAGAAUGUUAACAUGGACAUUGAGGAAGAUUCUCAAUGUCCCAUGUGUGAUGGAUUUUGGACAGAGUCAUUGCCUGGAGAGGAUUGCGUCCAGUGUUGCAAGUGCGAAAAGUGGUUGCAUGAAGAUUGUUGUUGCUCUGUGACACCAACAACUGUAAUAUGUGACAUUUGCUAUGACUGUUAG